AUGCCACCACUAGUAUCAUCUCAACCAUCUACAACUGUUCCAGUCUCAAUCCCUAUUUUCACUGAAUCCACGAUAUCGCACCGUACCUCAGCUACACCUAUAAGUUCAGUCAACGUAUAUGAUACGGUGUCUCACACUUUAGGUUUUUUAAACCAUGUUACCCAACCUAUUUCUCCCAUUCGCACUAAUGACUCUAAAAUGCUUUUCGGAGAUGAUGAAGAUGAUGAUUUGGAUGGAUUCACUUACAGUCCUUUUCAAAUACAGAUUGACAGUGGAGAUGAAGCAGUUUCUGAUUCUACUGAUAUCUGCAAAGCAACGACUGAAAAAGUCGAUAAAAUAAUUUCCUACACAUUGGAAUUCAUGGAAGAUUACAAAACCACUUAUAACUCCAACACAGUAGCUGUGAACAAGGCGAUUCAGAACAUUGGUCUUUUAUUUCAAACUGAAAAUUUGAACUUUGUUGAGCUUUGCAAGGCGCUUAAGUCUGAUCAUGAAGCAUUUCAAUCUUCAAUCACUGAUAAAAUAACAAAGCUUUAG